UAGAGCAAACGUGUGAUAUUUGACUGAAUAGUGAACACCUUUUUAAAAUUUUCGGGCCAAUUAGACAUGCACUUCGGAGUCUGGAAUACCUCUCUUUAAUCUUUGUUUGCUCCUACCCUCUCUCAGGACUUUCAUCAAGCACCUGGCAGUGGCACAUCUGGGCAUUCAGUAGUGGAGCAAAGAUGGGUGUGGGUCUAUCAGUUCUGAUAGGGUUGAAAGCAGCAGUCUUGUUCUCGUUGUUUGCAUUCCUCAGAAGCUCUGGUUUCACUGUGCUUUCCAUACCAUUUUUGUACGCCGCUCUGGUAUCCGCGUUGGUUUCACUUGCUGCUCACCCAUCCAUAGACCUUCCCAUGCUGCUGGGGAAGAACCCAGAUGGGAGUUUCCCCGUUUGGUCGAUUAUAAUGUUCAGCCCCUAUUUGUAUUUCGUUCGCUUUUUCUCGGCGCUGCGGAGAUUGCGGAGUAGGGAGGCUCCGUAUACUGAAAUCUGUGAGGGUUUGUUCGUCGGCGGGUGGCCUUCUUCGCCGGAUAAACUUCCACCAGGGGAUCCUGCUAUUGUUGAUUGCACUUGUGAAUUGCCAAGAAAGCCUGAGUUUUCAGGGCAUUCUUAUUUGUGUGUGCCAACAUGGGACACAAGGGCUCCUCCACCGGCUGCCAUUGAAUCCGCUGUCAAGUGGGCUUGCCGGAAAAGGGAUCAGAAUAGGCCUGUUUUCGUCCACUGCGCGUACGGGAUUCAAACUCAGGGAGGAUUAAAUUACAUGGAUUCAAACUCAGGGAUGAUUAAAUUACAGGUAUUCAAACUCAGUAUUUCCUGCUCUAAUACCAUGAUGAAGGUUGUUAGUUUACCACUAUUCCCAAAAGUUUAAGCUGUUAGAACUGGAAUAUGGACCACCAUUGUUCUAUAUUUUAAUUACAUUCCUUAUUACUAUUUGGUUAACUUGUGCCUUCUUGUAGCAAAUCAAGUCAGCAUCAUCCAUUGUUUACAGAUUACCACUCGGCACUUAUAUGAAAUUUAAAUACCUUUAAAGGAGUCACACAAAAAGAACAAAAAUAAUUAAACAAGUGUAGGUGUAUUAUAAUUGCAGCACAACAAGAGGGUGAAAUGAUUCGAUUAGCUCUGGGCUCUUCGUCACAUCUUUGGAACACUCAGUACUCUGCACUAAUGUAUUGUCUUAGAAAAAGAAAAGGAAAGAGGAAACUUAAUGGUAAUUUAUUGUUUUGGUUCAGUUUCCCUUGAAACCAUUCCGAAUGUCUCAUUUUUGAAGCCAGAUAAGACCUCCAGUAAUUUCUUAUGGAGAAACAAAGCUGUCACUGCUAUUGGUUUUUAGAAAUACAAGUCACACACAGUUAUUAAAUUUAAGUUUGCACUUACACGUGUAUUUCUGAGCAUGAUCCUGGAUUUACCCUGAUGUUAUGUGCGGAAUUAUUCAAACUUUUAGCCACUAGAUUUAUAGCUUUUCUUUGAGAGAAUUUGUUGAGGACAUCACUGAAAAACCAUUUAAGGUUUAACAAGUAAAGAGAUGGAAGAAAAGAUGAUUUCAUUCAAUAUUAUCUUUGUGGUUGGAUUACAUUCCUGGAUUGUUUAUUUGUUUCCUGUGGAUUUUAGUUUCCCUGUUUUAGUUAGGAUUUGGCUUAGUUUUCUAUACAAGUUUGGUACGCUCUCUAUUGAAGCUUCUUGUUAAGGUUUUGAGUUUUGACUUGUUUCAUUAAGAUCUGUGCUAUAUAUAACACAGCUAUUUUGCUAUAAAAUAAUACCUAAGGCAUGCAGUUAUACUUGAAUUUGGGAAUGACUUGGAAAUUCAAACAAGAUGGAGCUGCCCGGGUUUAUAGAAUUUAUGAUUUAAACUUAAAAAGGCCAAGCUUGGAGGUUUCGGGUGAUUAAGGUCACGUCCCUACAUAUAUAAUCCUUAAGACUGUAACCUUUAACUAUCUGGUUGAAAAGAAAACGAAAUGCUGUGUACUGAAAUGGUUCUGGACUCAAAUCAAUCUAAAUUCUGAAUCCAUUUUCCCUCAAACCGAAAUCAUUAUAAAAAUUUUGUCAACAAAGAGUAUCAAAACUCUCUUUUCAAUGUGCUUACAAUGUUUGAUAUGAAUACUGUAAAGUAAACAGUUAAAUCUAAAUCCUUCAAUUCAAAUACACAAAUAAUGCAAUCAUAGUGAAAUGAUUGCAAACAGUUCCCAUUUAAGUUGUUAAGUUUCUUCUCUAACUGGUGCGAUUCUCAACAUCCCUUUCUGUGAGAAUCCUUUGUGUAUUUUGUAACAAAAUUCCGCUGUCUGUUUCUUCAUAGUAUUGAUAUUUGAUUUCUCAACUAUUUGAACGGGUGGAGGU